UGUACUCGCUUUUCGUUUCUUUUCUUCUCACCUAUUUGAGUAAUUUAUGCACAAAACCUUCUUCAACUCGUACCGCCAUUUCAGACUCUAAAUGUGACAUAGUUCUUUCGGAAGUUGAAUGUGAAAAUAUUAGUAAAGUCCUCCGAUCGUUUAAAACACUGAGCAUUCACCAGCUAGUGGGGAAGAUUAAUUUGCGACGAAUCAAAGUCGAGUUUCAAUCUACGCCAACCUACGCAGUAUUCAGAAAGUUUUUUAAAUAUAGUUUUUCUCCAAUUUCAUCAAUAAUCUUAAAUUUUUAAAAAACACUGAACUAUAUACCCGAUUUGAUAUAAAUUCGAUUUGUGCAUUCAACUGGUAUUCAUCAGAAACCGACUGAGGGAAGCUACCCGCGUCUUGUGGUCCAAGUGGUCAAGAUUUAACAGUUUAUACGAAAGACGGAUAUUAGAGACUUGAGGCUUGAAAAUUGUUUCCUAUCUUAAUUGCGAAAUUUAUAUCAGCAUCGUUAGAAUACCUGGAUAGUCAUGAGUUAUUUCCAAGGGUCUGGAGAAUGGACUUUAGCGAGUGUUGUGGUAAUGAGUAUUUGGCUGACGGUGAUCAUUUUGGUUGGAGUGGUAGGCAAUAUCUUGGUAAUCAUUGUCAGUCUACAAGGAACGAGAGUACGAACAAGAGGAAAAGGUUUGAUAGCAUCCAUGGCUUUUGCCGACAUGCUGGAGUCCGUCAACAUGAUAUUCAUGUUGGUGACUGUUACACAAUAUGGAGAAUGGAUUUUUGGGGAACUGAUGUGCACUUUGCACGGAUUCGUCACCACUCUAUUCGUUAUUGCUUCGAUGUACAGUCUAAUGACUAUCAGCAUCAACCGCUAUUUCAUKGUGGUCAAGUCCAACCAUUACAAGAAGAUUUUCAGUGCAAGAAAGCUUUCCUUGAUGAUACUCUUCAUCUGGAUUUUCCCGCUCUUUUUUGCAGUGCCUCCUCUCUUUGGCUGGUCAAAGUACGUCUUCCAAUCCAAUAAAGCAACAUGUAUUUUUUACUUCAGUUCAUCUGUGGGUUUUUCUAUAUCGUUAAUGGCGUUCUGUAUACCACUUCCUCUAUCUAUCAUAAUAUUUUGUUGCUAUAAAAUCUAUAAACAAGUGAAACAACACCGGUCGCAGGUAGAGGCGAUGGGUACCGAAAAAUCCGUCAAUGUGGAAGAAAUACGCAUCACAAAAACCCUUAUAAUCAUCAUCCUCGCUUAUUUGAUAUGUUUCAUUCCUCCAGCCGUCGUCAACUUAAUAGAAAUGGCCAGUCCGAUGUACAAGAUACCAUUUUGGGUCGAUAUUAUAACAAUGAAUUUAAUUUUUGCAAAUCAUGCAAACAAUCCUAUCAUUUAUGGGGUCUUCAACAGACAAUACCGACGAGCUUUCAAAGAACUGCUUAUUGGUUUAAUACCAGGAAUGCACUACAAUUCUAGUUUAGACACAUCAGUUCAAGGUAAUGCCGGUCUAAACACCUCUGUUUACGCAACAGAGUGACAGAAAGAACAGACUGUACAGAAAAAGAAGAAAGCUGCUAUCCAAAUGCGCUGUGGCAAAAGACAUCUACGCCACAAACUUUAAAACCUUUCGUAAUGUCUUCGUAAGAGAUAAAUUAAAUGAAUUUUUGGUUAAGAAUGUUAAAUUUUCCUAGUGACAGUAGAGUUACAUGAAAUAUUCCGGUUUGAGUAAGAAAAAACGCAUCAGCCGAUGGAUAAUUUUGGGGCCUUUUCAAAUGACCUGCUGGCAAAUUAAUUUUAAGCUCACUUAAAAGUGAGCUUUAACAAAAAUAAAGGUUUAACGACUUUUCAUUAACGUCCUUUUAGCAUGGACAUAUCAAUUCAUGCAGCUGCUAAGAUUGCGAUAUUUAAUUAUUCUAUAUGUUCAAGGCCGGUUUAGACGGUACAAUUUUCGCCUACAACUAUCGUAUACAACACGCUCGAGCCAUCCUACGUACAACUCGAGUCGUAGCGUGUAAA